AUGACUGAAGACUCAGAGCUAUGGGACAUCAUUUGUGAUGGUCCUCAUGUCCCUGUAAACAAAGAUGAAACUGGUUCAGCAACCACUCCUAAAACAAGGAAGGAAUACACUGAGGCAGACAUGAAGGGUGUGCAGAAGAACUAUAAAGCAAAGAAGAUUCUUGUUUGUGGUAUAGGAGCAGAUGAGUACAAUCGAAUCUCUUCAUACACAACUGCUAAGGAGAUUUGGGAAGCUCUCCAAACUGCUCACAAAGGGACAACGUUUACCUCUAUAAUCAAUGAGCUCAACUCUUUAGGAGAAGUCAUCAACUACACGAAGCGGGUGAGGAAGUUGCUUGGUGUUUUACCUGAUUCUUGGGACAGCAAGGUAAAUGCCAUCCAUGAAGCCCAAGAAGAAGAUUCAAGUGAUGAUGAGUUUAAAAUGGCUUAUCUUACAUGA